AUGGGAGCAGAAUUUGAUGGCUCUGCCCAAGGUGAUUUGUGCAAGAAAGGGAAUACACUGUCUAAUGCAGAAGACUCAGCUAACUUGGGGGAAACCCUAGUUUCGUUCCUUGUUGAUAGAACCACAAAAGUGCAUCUGUCUGAUUCUGUUUGCACAGAGAAGCUUGGCCCAGAUAAGGUAGAUUUACCGUCAGAACUUUAUGAAUAUGAUAAUAAAAGAAAUGAAGUUUCCAAUCAUGCUCCAAUGCUUGGUGGUUUAUCUAAAGAGUCAGCUAUCAUAAAAGGACUAAUUUCAUUUUCACUGGCUGAUCAUAUAGGUUUGCCAAGAUACAAAGGUGUUCUUCUUUAUGGUCCACCUGGAACAGGGAAAACUUCUCUUGCCUCUUCCUAUGCCUAUGAUGCAGGAGCCAACCUUUUCACAGUCAACGGACCAGAGAUCAUUAGUAAUUAUUAUGGUGAAAGUGAGCAAUCUCUGUAUGAUGUUUUCAGUUCAGCUAAGAAAGCUGCGCCUGCUGUGGAGUGCCAUCUCCAGCAGAGGAUGGACAUACUUCGCCACCUUCUAAUUGGAGUUCACCACUCUCUCAGUAAUGAGGAACUUGAGUCUAUUGCUCUAGACACCCAUGGGUUUGUGGUUGCUGAUCUAGCUGCACUAUGCAAUGAGGCUGCAUUGAUUGCUCUUUGCCGUUUCAUCAGCCUAAGAGAAAAUUCGAGUCUACAACUUGGUCAUCCUGACUCUAGUGUAGAUAAGUUUGUUUGA